UAAUCAUUAGCUGUCAAACGGGACGAAUACGCAGACGUCAUACGAAUGGUGUAAACAAACACGUCCCCCGAUUUUCUCCCGUUUUUCGCGAGGACAAUUUUAUCCAGCCCAGUUCGAUCGGGGGUUUGCUUUGUGUUACGCGCUUAAACAUGGACACAGUGGCCACGAUGAGAGCAGAUAACGCUAGUCUGCGCAAGAUUCAAUCGAAACUCGUCCAGUGGGAGUUGAAGGAGAAUCCGCUCGCCCCGCUCAGUGCCACGCAAACGGAUUUCAUCAAUCGUUUAACCGAUCUGGCCAAUGGAAAUGCUGUCCCGCAGACAGGAGACGGUUCGGGAUCUACAUCAUCAGCCGACCAGGACGAGCAAGCGCCAUCCGGCGAGCUGCCGGCUUCGUUGGAGCAGUUCAAACAGUCUUCCUGCGUCAUCGAUUCCACGCAAAACUUUCUGUCCUGGUACAACUCGAUCGAUGCCGAAAUUCUCGAACACUUUGACGAUGUGUACCUGGAGUACUACGAGCAGCUUCGAGCGCGCACCAGCGAAUGCGACCAGAUGGUGCAGGAGAUCGACGUAUCGCUCGAUUCGCUUCACCAGCUGACGCAGGAGUUUAACUUUGUGUCGGAGAAAACGGCCUCGCUGCAUCAGGCCAGCGAAAGUUUGCUGCAGGACCAGGCGCGCCUCAGCGACACGGGCGAGGAGAUCAAGAAGCGGCUGAAGUACUUCACCCAGGCCGAGAGCAUAUCCCAGCGGCUGCACAAUCCGACGUUUUCAGUCUCGAACGAGACGUUUGUCGAUAUGCUGAACACGAUCGACGAUUGCCUGGAGUAUAUGCGCACGAAUCCCACAUUCAGCGAAGCAACGGCGUAUGCGGUGAAGUAUCGGGCCUGCCUUUCGAAAGCAACACAGAUGAUGAAGGCGUACGUGCUGGGCAUUCUUUCCAACGCGACCGCCCAGGUACUCACACCCAAGGGCUCCGGCGUUCCUCGCUCGCUGGAAGCACUCGACCAGCCGAAAGUGAACGAUCCGACAGCAGAUGCAGCGUUUGUGCUAUUCUACGGGAAGUUCCAAGCCUCUUCGCCACGCGUCAAACGCAUAACUGCCCUGAUUGAGGAGCGGCUCGAUCGCAGUCCCGACUACGAACAGUUGCUGGGAGAGUUGCAUCAAAACUAUCUAACACAGCGCGCCACGAUUAUGAGCGCUGGUGUGGAUCAAGCGAUUAAAGACCUCGCCAAAAAGCACAAAGGAGAUCAUUGCGCUUUGGUGCGUUCCGCUUGUGCCUUUAUGGUGCACAUCUGCCAGGAUGAGCAUAGGCUGUUUUACCAGUUUUUUGCCAAACACAGUGCGCAACUGAGCAUUUACAUGGAAGGACUGUGCACCAUAUUGUACGACACCCUUCGGCCUUACAUUAUACGCAUCGAUCAUCUGGAAACGCUGGCCGAAAUCUGUAGCAUCCUGAAGGUGGAAAUGCUGGACGAACACGUGUCCUACAGCCCCGACUCGCUCGAAGCCUUUGCCAAAAUUGUAUACCAGCUGCUGCAGGACGUACAGGAACGGAUCGGUUUCCGGGCGCAGAACUAUCUCGAGUCCGACAUCCGUAACUAUCGGCCCUCGGCGGGCGAUCUCGCUUACCCGGAGAAGCUGGAAAUGAUGGAAAGCAUCGCUCUGUCGCUGCAGGAAAACCAGAAUCCCCAUGUCCACCUGCGGCGGGUAGAUUCGCGCAGCUCCAUCACAUCGGGAAUGUCAGUCGCCUCGCUCGAUGCGACACCACCGUCGGCCACCGAUUCGGUGCUGAAGGUGCGCACUGGGGGCAGCUCGCCUGCCGACAUGCACGGCAUGUGGUACCCGACGGUGCGCCGUACACUCGUCUGCCUGUCGCGGCUGUACCGCUGCAUCGACAAAUCCAUCUUCCAGAGCCUUUCCCAGCAAGCGCUGGCACAUUGCAUUUACAGCGUUUCGACUGCCGCCAGCCAGAUCGCACAGAACCGUACCACGAUCGAUGGCGAGCUGUUCGAAAUUAAGCAUCUGCUCAUUCUGCGCGAACAGAUUGCACCGUUUCGGGUGGACUUUACGGCGAAGGAGACAAGCCUGGACUUUAGCAAGGUGCGGACGGCCGCCUACGAACUGUUGCAGAAGCGGAAGCAACUGUUUUCGCUCGGAUCAAACAACGCGCUGCUCGAGUUCCUGCUCGACGGUACGCCGCAGGUUCGCGAACAGUUGCUCGAUUCGCGCAAGGAUGUGGACCGGCAGCUGAAGACGGUGUGUGAAACGUUCAUAAAGGACGCAACGAAGCAGUUGGUUGGGCCAGUGCUCACGUUUAUCGAAUCGGCACAGAACCAUCUUCGCAAUCAACCGGGCGGAGCGAAACCGGCAUCGGUGGCUGGGGCAGGUGGACCGACGACACCCGGCACUGUUCCAACGGCCGGACAAAGCACGGGAAUGGCACUGCGAAUGGCACCGUUCGCCGCCCCGCAGCAGAUUAGUUCCAUCAUACAGGAGUGUCUGCGGAAUAUCAAAUCGAAACUGGCGGGACUGCAGCGAUCGAUGCAGCUCUACCUCGCCAACAAGGAUACGGAAUUUAUCCUCUUCCGACCGAUUCGGAACAAUAUCAUCGGUUCGUUCGUGAAGCUGGAACAAAUUCUUAUGCUGAACGCGUACACAAAGGACGAUCUGACGAUAGUGAGCUGCCCAUCGGCCGAACAGAUUUCCGUGCUGCUUUCGAGCGUGAAUCUCGCCGGUGGAGCGACGGGCGAACAUCCGGUACCAUCGUUUGGCAAGCCUCAGCCGGUACGAAAGAUAAGCACUUCGUCGAUUGGUAGCAAUGCCGCGGAGGCAGUGCCGCCCGCGAAGGCUCCAGUCGAAAAGAAGGUCAGCUUCGAUAGCGGGGCAAAUACGGUGGUCGAAAUCGACCGGGACGAAGAGCAGGACAUGGAAAAGGGAAAGGAAGUGAUAGUGGAAACACAAGAAGCCGAAGUGCCCGUAGAACAAUCCGAUCAAUCGAAUUCCGCCAGCGCUGUACAAAGUUAGAUGAGGCAAAAUAUGUAUUUUAACCAUUUCCAAAGUAAUUUUUCUUAUAUUUGAAAGCGUUUCCUGGGCACAGCUAUUGUAAUAACUAUCAGUAAAUUCGCAUUGCCUUUUUAAUGUUCUAUAAAUUUAAGUAUUAUCUUAUUGGUCUAUUAUCGCAAUGCCGAGUCUUUGCUGCAUUUAUUAAUGAUUUUCUUGGAUUGAGUAUGAAUUGUAAGGAUUGUUGAAAAGCACUUGACAUAAUUUAUAAAAAAGUAGCAUAUGAAUUCAAAUUAUAUGGACUUCACUUCGGUAUGAUACUUUCAAUGCAAACAAAAAAAAUGCAUUAAUUUGAACCAUUUUAGUUUGCUAUGAAACGGUCGUCAAUUUGAAGUUUUCGUAUGCUUUGCGUAAUUUGAUGUUCCAUCUAUUCUUUCGGGUUUUUUGCAUGAAUCAUAUAUGAAUUUGUUGAAAUAAAACAUACAAAAAACA